UAUUCACCGGCGGUGUCUUCAUGUAGUGUGCAGACUGCACACUACAGACUGCAGAUGAGAGAGAGGAGCACUGCCCUGUGACGUCGUGAGAGAGCGAGGGACAGUACAGGGAGCGAGAGGAAGGAGAGGGAGGCUCCGCGAGUCGUCGUCGUCCGUCGUCCGUGUGUAGCUACCGUGUUUCUUUUUUGCCGAUAUUACAUCAUACAUAUUCAGUCCCGACUGGCUUCCACAGAGGAUACUCUCAUGAGCCGUUUAAUUCCCAUCGACAUUUGGUAUUUGUUUUUUACCCGCAAGUCUUUUAGGCGAAGGAAUCAUGGCAAGUACGCUACCGUCUGAUGUUCGUACGAUUUGCAAAAAAACGACAGUCGGACGUUUGUAAACAAUAGUGCGUAAACGUUUACGUCUAAUCCAACUCGCAAUCGCUUCUUUUUUGCGUGUGCGCUUCAUUGUAUUUGUUGUCAGUCGUUGUAAUCGAGCAAUACAUCUACGCGAAGCACAACCUAUAUCUUGUUUUCUAAUUACUAUAAUUAUUUUCUUAAUUUUUAAAACAUCAGACUGUUAUUCAAUCACCCGAAUAUUUAAAAGCAAUUGUGCAAGGUUAAUCUCGCACACAAGCGACGCACGCAAUAUUAAUCGUACAAGAGCAAUUUCACACGCACGGAGACAGUUGGUGGUUGAAGUUUAAUACGAAGCUGUGCGUAGUGAACGCCUAGCGAGAGCAAUUAAAAGAGCAUAUUUAUUUACCUGUCGUCUUACUAGUACGCACACGUACACACGCACACGUUGGCUUUAUCAAGCAUCCCUCAAGGACCAUCUCCACAAACCGUUCCCCAAAGAGCCUGCACGACGCAGUGGAAGAAUGGCCCUCUCGUUUAUUCUAUCGCUUCUCCUCGGGUCGUUUUCCCUCGCCGUGGCCUCACGUAAUACGACUGCAGGUUGUACUAUUAUUCGCCCGCCAAGAGACGGAGGGAUCAGAUACAGAGGUCUGACACAGGAACAGAUCCGCAGUGUUCAGGUGUUGCCGGUGGAUUAUGAGAUUGAGUAUAUCUGCAGAGGGAACAGAGUGAUCGUGGGACCAAAGGUCAGGAAGUGCCUCCCUGACGGUACAUGGACUGACGUGAACCAGCACAGCAAAUGCUUGCUGCCAUGUGCGCGGGUGUGGACGUCUCUGGAGAACGGCCGUGUGACGGUUCACCCUCCAGGCCCAGCGGUGGAGGGCACGAUUCUGCACUACAGCUGUCUGGAGGGCUUCAUCCUGGUGGGAAGGAACAGCACUCAGUGUACUAAGCUGGGCAAAUGGGACUCACCAAAACCUGUCUGCCACUAUGACAGACAUUAUACAGGCAAGAAGAAGCUUUACAUCGGAGCCCUGUUCCCGAUGAGCGGCGGAUGGCCCGGCGGCCAGGCUUGUCUCCCUGCUGCCCAAAUGGCCCUGGAUCUGGUGAACAAGAGAACGGAUAUUCUUCCGGAUUAUGAGCUUGAGUUAAUCUACUAUGACAGUAUGUGUGAUCCAGGUGAGGCCACAAAGCUGCUGUAUGACCUGCUGUACACAGAGCCCAUAAAGAUCGUCCUGAUGCCGGGCUGCAGCUCUGUGUCCACGCUGGUGGCCGAGGCCGCGCGCAUGUGGAACCUCAUAGUGUUGUCCUACGGAUCCAGUUCACCAGCACUCUCCAACCGUCAGCGAUUCCCCACCUUCUUCCGCACGCACCCCUCAGCCACAUUGCACAACCCCACCCGAGUGCAACUCUUCCAGAAGUGGAAGUGGACCAAGAUCGCCACCAUCCAGCAGACCACUGAAGUCUUCACUUCUACUCUGGAUGAUCUAGAACAGAGGGUGAAGGAGGCAGGCAUUGAGAUCAGCGUGAGGCAAAGUUUCCUCACGGAUCCUGCUGUGGCCGUCAAGAACCUCAAGAGGCAAGAUGCUCGCAUCAUCGUGGGCCUGUUUUACGAAACAGAAGCCAGGAAAGUGUUUUGUGAGGUCUAUAAGGAGAGGCUGUAUGGGAAAAAGUAUGUGUGGUUUCUGAUUGGCUGGUACGCUGACAACUGGUUCAAGAUCAAAGACCCAUCCAUCAACUGCACUGUGGAGCAGAUGACAGAAGCUGUGGAGGGUCAUGUGACCACUGAGAUAGUCAUGCUCAAUCCAGAGACGGUGCGAGGGGCCUCUAACCUGACCUCGCAGGAGUUUCUAACACAGCUGAUGUCCAAGCUGGGUGGGAAGAAUCCAGAGGAAACCGGAGGGUUUCAGGAAGCUCCUCUGGCGUAUGAUGCGAUUUGGGCCCUGGCUCUGGCUCUCAAUAAGACAGUGGGGCCUUUGAAGGCGAAGGGACGGAGAUUGGAAGAUUUUAAUUACAAUAACAAGGACAUUACUGCGGAGAUCUACCGAGCCCUCAACACCAGCUCCUUCGAGGGGGUUUCGGGUCAUGUGGUGUUUGACGCCCAGGGCUCCAGAAUGGCAUGGACCCUCAUCGAACAGCUGCAAGGAGGAAGCUACAAGAAGAUUGGAUACUUUGAUAUGACCAAAGGCAAUCUCUCUUGGUAUGGGAAUGACAGGUGGAUAGGCUCAGGUCCACCUGCUGACCAGACGGUGGUGAUUCAGAAGUUCAGAUACCUGUCACAAAAACUCUUCGUCUCUGUGUCUGUUUUCGCUGGCUUGGGCAUUUUAAUGGGGAUCGUUUGCCUCACCUUUAACAUCUACAACAGCAACGUCAGGUACAUUCAAAACUCCCAGCCGUACCUGAAUAACAUGACAGCAGUGGGCUGUAUGAUGGCUCUGGCCGCGGUUUUUCCUCUGGGAAUUGACGGACUGCAUGUAGACAACCCUCAGUUUCCUGUGGUUUGUCAGUUCCGUUUGUGGCUGCUUGGACUUGGCUUCAGUUUGGCCUAUGGAAGUAUGUUCACGAAGAUCUGGUGGGUUCACACUGUGUUCACAAAGAAGGAUGAGAAAAAAGACAAAAGGAAGCAGCACCUGGAGCCCUGGAAGCUGUACGCCACCGUUGGAGUCCUGCUGGUUAUCGACAUCUUGUCCCUUAUGAUUUGGCAGAUUGCGGAUCCCCUGCACAUGACAGUGGAGAAGUUCACUAAAGAAGCGCCUAAAGAGGACGUGGAUCAGUUGAUCGAGCCUCUGCUGCAGCACUGCAGUUCAGAGAAGAUGAACACAUGGCUCGGUGUCGUUUAUGGCUAUAAGGGCUUGCUGCUGCUUCUGGGUAUUUUUCUGGCUUACGAAACCAAAUCUGUGUCCACUGAAAAAAUAAACGAUCAUCGAGCUGUUGGGAUGGCCAUCUACAACGUCUCCGUGUUGUGUAUGAUAACGGCUCCCGUCACCAUGAUUCUGUCAUCUAAGCAGGACGCCUCUUUCGCCUUCGCCUCGUUGGCCAUCAUCUUCUCCGUCUACAUCACUCUGGUUGUCCUCUUCGUCCCUAAGAUGCGGAGGCUUAUCACUCGUGGUGAGUGGCAGUCAGACCAGCAGGAGACCAUGAAGACCGGCUCAUCCACAAACAACAACGAUGAAGAGAAAUCCCGCCAGCUGGAGAGAGAGAACAAAGAGCUGCAGAAGAUCAUCCAGGAGAAAGAAGAACGUGUAUCAGAGCUGAGAAACCAGCUGUCAGAGCGACAGGCCCUGCGCUCCAGGAAACGCCCGACCUCCUCCAAUCAGAACCACAGCUCUCCAUCUCUCCCCACUCCUCAGAACGAUCCCAAAUCUCUCCUCCCGCCACCAGGAUACCCCCUCCCGUCCUCCGACAACCACUCCCUCCCUCCCACCUUCUCCAACUCAUCCACCCUCUACCAGCCCGACGGCAAGAUCAAUCGCAACAACUGCCACCCCGGCCGACUGCAGCUCCUCUACAAGUGAAACUUGAGGAACUGAGAUAAAACUGAAAAGGGGGAAGAAAAAUAAGCUACCUUGAUUCUCAGCCCACAAUUUUCCCCAUCUCCGCCCAGCAGACGGCCUUGUUUGUUUCUUUUGCUUCCGACACUUGCUGUGAUUCAUGGGAGGUUAUACACAGGAGGCUUGAGAAUCUGGUUUUGAUUGCAUCACACAUGCUGUGAGCCAUUACACCGUUUCAAUGAGUAACCCUCAGCUGUUUUUGACUCAGAAAAUUGAGGAUGAACAAUGACAAGCUAAAAAUGUCCUUAUAAAAACAUUGUGAAUUACACUAUAUGUUCUUUGAAAUUAAUUAUAUUUAGGAAUCUAUCAUAUUUCCGACAAUCCAAUCAGGUUACCUAAAUACAGGCCAUGUCUGCUGGCAUCGGUGCUGUCAGUAAGAGAGAACUCUGAUUGGCUGUUAAUAUAACAUAAAUGAUGUCUCUUACUGAAAUAUGUAGUAGAAAACCCAUGAAAGAUUUACGUUAUUUAAAAAAUGCACGUUGUUCUGUACAUAUUUUGGACUAUGGGGGGCACCAUUAUUCUGAUGAUGUGAAAUGGUCGUACUCGAUGAGCAACUGGCGCUACCUGUUGCUAUUUUUACCGCAGCACAUCUCGGAAUAUAAAAUGCUAAUACAAUGACCACAGCUACUGAAAGAGCUUAUAGGUGGUGAUCAGUGAUGGGAAUAACGGUGUUAUAAAAUACUAAUAGCAUUACUUUUUUUAGUAAUGAGUAAUCAAACGAAUUUCCCCCGUUACAACGCCAUUACUGUUACUAACAAUAAAAUGUGCUGUUACUAUAAUUGAGCCCACUAAAGCAGUUUUCAUCUGAGUAGGCUCUCUCUCAGCCAUGUGACCUAAAAAGCUGUGCAUCGCAUCGAGUUGCGUUCUUCUUCUUAGGUAAAUUCAAGAUAACUCCUCUCAGCCCGUCUUCUUCUGGAAACGAAAAGUAGCCUGAUGAAUGUUCAAAUUUGUUUACAGAGGUUAUCUACAUGUUCGCACAUCUCAGGUGGAUGUUUAACAUUUGAAAAGCAGAGCCGCUCAUGGGCAUCAUUACAUUGGAGAUAAUAAGGUUAGAUGGGAAAAACUGGAGCGUCGCUAUCUUACGGAUGACUUUAUCAGACAAUAUUUGUUUUCGACAUGACUUUAAUUUAAAGUAGACAUUUCAAGCUUUCUAUACAUAUAUUUCUUAUGUCUGUAGGUAUUCGCUGAGAUUCAGGUUGUUUUAUUUACAUGUCUGUGAAGAGAGGUAAAGGAGACCGAGACGGCAGAGAACGCACCCUGUUUAUUUUCUUUAUUUUACAAAAGCACAUUGUUUUGUUGUUAUUGUAACUAUACACAAAUAAAAGUUGACCCUUUGCAGUUUUAAACAAUACCUUAUUCUUAUCUGUGGGAUGUGUAUCAUGUCCGCGGGUUGAAGCAACCCCAAUAACGUAAUAUUUAGCCCCUUGUAAGGUGUCUCUCCUGUUGUCCCACAGCAACAUUCAAAUAGUGUAGAUUAGUGUACAAUGUUUUACUCAUUUAACAUAUUUAAUAUUGGGGGCAUCUAAGUUAUUUGACAUAUUUGAACAUUUUUUUAGUUACUUUUAUGAUGAUGUAACUAGUAACUAUAACUAAUGACUUUUUAGAGUAACACGCCCAAGACUGGUGGCGAUGGAUAUAAUAGGUUUAAACCAAAUGCCAUGCCAUCAAUUUUUCUCAAAAGGAGUCUAAAUGCCCCAGAUAUCAAGUGAAAUCCCCACAUCUAGCAUUUCUUGUCUCUGUCAUUUGUAAGCUCUUUCAGUAGCUGUGGUCGAAGUGUAGAGAACAAA